AUGAUUUGGAGCAGCGAUCUAUGUUACAAGCUUUACUUCUGGCCAUUUUUAAACUAUCUGGCUGGUAUAAAAGGAAUUUGUCCAUAUUUUAUAGGUUAUUUUCCCUUUAUCACACUUGCGCCGGGUACUAUAUUGACAUCGCCUUCCACAGCUUCCACAACAACAUCCACCACUACGUCCACCACAAUCACGACGACGACAGCCGCAACAACGAUUCCGACGUUUCCGACGUUUCCGACGAUUCCGACGUUUUCGCCUACACCGCCAACCGUGACCACCCAGCAGCCGUGUCCGGCACAACCAUUGGCGUGCUUGAAUGGUGGCGUGCCACCAAUAGCCUAUUGCCCCUGUAUCGAUCCAAGGCUAAGUGGACUGGCGGGUGGCACUAGUGGAACUACCGCAGCGGCACUGCUGACUAGAUUCGGUCAGGCAUCACAGACGCAACUCCAAAGUGCAGGACAAUUGACUGAUCGUCUCACAUUUGCGCCAAUUAAUACACAAUCGAAUGGCGGCGCGCAAAGCUUACAACCACAAGCUAGUGGAUCUUCAAUGACAAAUUCAUUUUUCAAUUUACCGUUUGGUGUGCAAAAUGGCGCGCAGUCGCCAGGACCUGUUGGCUCUGAAGUGAUGGUUUUCACACAAAAUUGCGUCGAUUCAAGUUUUCAACCUGGCAAUUGUGUACAAAUAAAUUUAUGUCCGCAGUUAAUGCAGGAUUAUUAUGAUGCUAUGAGAACUUCGUCGUAUUUCAACGAUUUUCAGAAUUUCAUUAGCGGUUCCGUGUGCGGCUUUGAUGGAUACACUUUUAUGGUCUGUUGUGCCCUCACCCGCAAUCUACAAAGCCCAGCAAAAUCUAUCCCUUUCAAUCCCGUCGCUACACAACAACAGAGUGGACCAAAUACAUUGACAUUUAAAUUUUCAUCGCUCAAUUCGAAUGCCAGCAUACAAACAUCGCCACAAAUUAAUCCAACGAGGACGCCAUCACAAUUAGUAACCCCAGCGCUAAUACCUCCAACGAGUGUGCAGCCAGUACCCAGCAGUACAAUAGGCACUGGCAUCUUGCCAACCAAAUCCAACCGGCCAGAGGUGCUAUUGCCACCUUCAAUUCCAAACAACGUCAAUGCCACAGUUGUAAAUAUACCCACGCGCUUGCCAUCGUUGAGAGGGCAGCAAAGUUGCGGAUUGACUUCAGCUUAUACAAAUAAAGUUGUUGGUGGUUCAGAAGCUAGUCGAGGCGCCUAUCCAUGGCUCGUCGCUUUGGGCUAUCGCGACGAAUAUAAACCGGAUGCUUUGAAGUUCCUUUGUGGUGGUAGCUUAAUCUCAAGUCGCUACGUUUUAACCUCUGGACAUUGCAUCAAUGCUUUGCUGAGCACAGUACGCCUGGGCGCACAUGACCUUGGCAAUGUUAACGAAGAGGGUGCCAUAAAUAUAUCCGUUGAACGUAAAAUAGUGCAUGAGCAAUAUAAUGAGCGUUAUGUCGUUAAUGAUAUAGGAUUGGUUAAGUUGCGCACAGCAGCGCCAAUUACAGCAUAUAUUGGCCCAAUUUGCUUGCCUGAUGGAGAACGCUUCGAACAGAAUUUUGUGGGGAUGAACCCAUUUGUUGCUGGCUGGGGUGCAGUUAAGUUUCAGGGUCCAAGUUCAAAUGUUUUGCGUGACGUUCAAGUGCCCAUUGUGAACCAGCAGUCUUGUGAACAGUCCUAUAGUUCUGUGUUUCAACAUAUUGCAUUUACUGAUAGGUUCAUCUGCGCUGGCAAUUCUUAUGUGGAUGCUUGUCAGGGGGAUUCCGGUGGGCCACUGAUGAUGCCGAUGCUGGAGAAUGGCGCUUAUCAUUAUUACAUACUUGGCUUGGUUUCUUACGGUUAUGAAUGCGCUCGAGCUGGAUUUCCUGGAGUUUACACACGUGUGGCUUCCUAUUUACCGUGGAUUCGCAGUCACAUGACUUAACGAUGAGUUUAAGAUGAGUAAAAUUGGUAU